AUGCGCUUCAUUACCGCAAACCUUUCGCUUCUGCUCGCGGCAUCGGCCAGUCUGGUCGCUGCUCAGGAUCUAGCACCCACACCCUCCGCAAGUGCAGUAGCCAACGGGCUGUGCGCUGACCAAAGAGUCGUCGAUACAUGUGUCGAAGCUAUGAAAAGGGGACUUGCAAUAUGUUCCGAUGAUAAUUGGGAUUGCAAGUGCUCCGGUCAGGCUAAUAUUGCCAACUGCUACGUGGAUUGCCCCAAUGUCCCAGAUGCAUUUUCUGCCCAGCUAGCGAGCGAAAAAGAUUGCGCUACCGCGAACCACUACGAUAAGGGUAUCACGGACGUGCCACAGACUUGGACUACUCCCGGCCCUCAAACCGCCACGGUUACUCCUGCAGAUGUCUCCGUUCCUGGGGAGACUGAGUCGGCAGCUCAAGUUCAUCCGACUGAGACUGCGGCUGCAACUGCAACCGAAAAAAUGAAUAAGGCUGAAGAGACCGCGAAGUCAGGAGCUGCUGCUGGGAAGGCAUCUGGUAGCUGGCUGGCUCUGGUAGGACUGGGUCUCGGAGUUAUGUUCUAG